UUCUUUGGGAAAAUCCUAAGGUUUUAUAAAAUAUUCAAGGGUAUUUUCACUUAUUCUUGACUUGCUCACAUCGAGCAAAAAGCUAUAUAAUAAGUCCAUUACUGUGGCCUCUCAAUCAGUUUCUCAUCGGAAUUGUCGCCGCAAUGAAGUAUCUUUCGUUAUUUGUCACGCUUCUGGCGAUGCUUUGCCUUGCAGAUUUUGGAAGUGCUGGCAGAAUAAAUAUACCCAAGAUAACCAUUCGGAAUGGAGAUAUCACUGUCCAUGGAGACUGCCAUGGUUGCACAGCGAGAGCCAGCAAAAAUUCGGCGCAUUUAUCAAUUCAUCAGUCUUAUUCUUACAAAUGGAGGAGUAAAGGUUAAAUUUAAUUAAUAAUUAAAUGUAUAUCAGUUGUAGUCACACUUGCCAUUUAUAUAUAACUAAUUAAAA